GUUACUGGUGUGUGUGUGUGUGUAUAUAUAUAUGAACAUCAAACAAAGUGUCAAUCCAGUUAAUACUCAAUACUCUUGAUCUCUCUGUCUGAUCUGUUUGGCAGCUCACUGAGUCCAUGGCUUCCUCGUCUUCCUUGUUAACCAGCAACAAAAAUGGAGGAGUUAGCGGUGAGGAUCAAAGCGUUUUGCAGAAGCACGUUUCGUUCUUUGACAGGAACAAAGACGGUGUUAUUUACCCCUGGGAGACUUUCCAAGGGUUUCGUGCAAUUGGAUCUGGAGUCUUCCUCUCCAUUGCAAGUGUUGCUUUCAUCCACUUUAGCCUCAGUUUCAAAACCCGUCCUGGAAAAUUUCCUUCUCCACUGCUUCCCAUUGAAGUUAACAACAUCAAACUAGGCAAACAUGGUAGUGACACUGGAGUCUAUGAUAAAGAAGGAAGGUUUAUUCCUUCAAAAUUUGAAGAAAUAUUCAGCAAGCAUGCACAUACAUAUCCAGAUGCUUUAACGGCUGAUGAAUUGAAGGAAAUGCUGAAAGAAAAUCGAGCUUCUAGAGAUUACCAAGGAUGGGUGGCGAGUGAGGCAGAAUGGAAUAUAUUAUACAAAUUUGGGAAAGACAAGGAUGGUUUGCUGGAGAAAGACACGGUUCGAGCUGUUUAUGAUGGAAGCCUCUUUCACCUCCUGGAAAAGCAACACAACGCUCAGAAGAAGAAUUGAUUCAUGUAUUCAUCACAAUUGAAUCGAGCACUAAUUAAAUAUGUCCUGUACAAGUGUCCUGAUGAUAUAUCCACAUUUCAUUUCCCACACAAUUCGUUGUUUAUCUGUAUCUUUAUUAUUGAAUUUAUAUAUCUAAACUUGUAUUUUACUCCUAUAUAUGUAUGUACGAUGUUUGUUUGCAAAUUAGUUAUUAUUUUUGUUAUAA